AAGGACUUGGACAAUUAAAAGGGGUAUGUGUGUACAUACAAACAAAGCCAGAACCAGCUUUCAAUGGAAAAGUCCUUGUUUUGAGCGCUCUGUUUUUUCCCAACAUUUCCGACCACCGAGAUGUCGGUGACAUUAACGGAGUACUAUAACUACAACUACAACCCCAACAAUGAUGGCGGUGGCGGUGUGAGCGAGAUCAUUGAAGAAGAAAACUUGUCAAGCGACCUCUUUGAGAUUAACCAUGUUCCUGCUGCUGCAAUUUGUACCAAAGAAGAGAGGGAGAUCGAGGGAAGCAGCUUGUUUUCUUUCGAUGUUGGUAAUGAUAAAGGAAGCGACUGCGUUUAUGUUUGUGUAGGGAAGAGCGAGUCGAGCAUGGAUGCACUUUCAUGGACCUUGAACCAUGCUCUUCCUACUCACUCCACUAUUGUCUAUCUCAUCCAUGUCUUCCCUGAGAUUCACUUCAUUCCUUCCCCACUGGGGAAGCUUCCCAAGGGUCAGGUGAGUCCAGAUCAGGUGGAGAGCUACAUGGCCCAGGAAAGAGGCAAGAGGAGACAAUUCCUUCAGAAGUAUCUGGAUAGGUGUUCUGCUUCCAAGGUCAAUGCAGACACUAUGCUUAUUGAGAGUGAUGAUGUUGCCAAGGCUAUUCUGGACCUCAUCUCCAUCCUCAACAUUAGAAGGCUAGUAAUUGGUACCAACAAAUCCAGUCUAAGGAAAUUGAGGUCCAAGAGAGGCACUGGAAUAGCUGAUCAGAUACUUCAAAAUACAGCGCAAGCUUGUGAGAUCAACGUUAUAUGUGAAGGAAAGGAAGUGAGUGACCAGAUUAUUGGAUCAUCAACACCGUCUCCGCGUGGCCGUGAGGACCAUCUCAAGUCUCUGCAGCCUCAAGAUCAAUCAACUGAUUCAUUUUCCUGCAACUGUUUCAAACCACGCAAAGUCUUGUAAAUCGAUUACCCAGAAACAGAGUGGAAGACUAAGUUGAGAGGAACAGAGACCGAAGACCUGCCAUUAUGUUAUAUAGGAUGUAAUCCACUGUGUUCUUGCAGAUAAUGCAAUCUCAGCAUGAUGUUCUAUUAUGAAACAAUCAAUAUCCCUGUAAUUUUGCCACAUAUUCAUUUGAAGUUGCUGAA